GCAGCAUCUAUGAGGAACGCUUUCUUUCUCAGUCGAGGAUUCCAUCGUCUGGCAUUCUGCUUAAUUAUCCCAAAACCGAUUCACUUGCGCAAAUUUACAAUGGGUUCUACGGAUUUACAGUCUGCGGGUGGCAAUGGCAAGACCAAUACUUGGGAAGGCCUGGGGGCAGCAGAGUUUGACUUGAGAAGCGACACAAUGACAAAGCCGACCAAAUCCAUGCUCGAAGCGAUUUCUCAUGCCUCUCUUCUUGACGAUGUCUUCAACGAAGACCCCACGACGAACUCGUUGCAACAGUAUAUCGCAGAUCGCACAAAACAUGAGGCCGCUCUUCUCGUCAUGUCGGGCACCAUGGGCAAUCAAGUCGCCAUUCGCACACAUCUAAGCCAACCUCCGUAUUCCGUGUUGUGCGAUCACCGUUCCCAUAUUCUUCAGUAUGAAGCCGGCGGGGUCAGCAUGUGGACUGGGGCUACUGUCCAGGGCAUCGAGCCCAAGAAUGGCAGGUACCUCACACUGGAAGAUCUUCAGGCCAAGUUUAUCCCCCCAACGAACAUCCACUACUGUCCGACCAGGUUGAUCAGUCUGGAGAAUACGCUUGACGGCAUGGUAAUGCCGCUGAGCGAGACCAAGAGAAUUGUCGAAUGGGCACAUGCAAACGAUGUAAAGGUUCAUUUAGAUGGAGCUAGAUUGUGGGAAGCGGUUGCCUCCGGUGCAGGAAGUUUAGACGCGUAUACCAGCUUGUUCGACAGUAUUAGUCUCUGCUUUUCCAAAGGUCUUGGAGCACCAAUUGGCAGUAUCAUCGUCGGCUCUAAAGACUUUAUUGAACGAGCCCGGUGGUUCCGUAAGUCGAUUGGUGGUGGCACCCGCCAAGCUGGUGUUAUAUCAUCUGCUGCUAGGGUUGCCGUAGAAGAAACAUUCGGAUCUGGUCCUAAUGGUGAAGGCGGUAAGCUGAAAGAUACGCAUACCAAGGCCAAGCGAGUUGGCGAGAUGUGGACAUCCAAAGGGGGGAAACUAGCCAAUCCCGUGGAGACCAAUAUGGUAUGGCUGGACCUUGCUGCCUCCAAUGUUGGACCCAACGAUCUUGCAGAAAUCGGAAAGCAGAAAGGAUUAAAGCUUCUUGGAAACAGACUCAUUAUCCAUUACCAGGUCUCCGAGGAAGCGUUAAGUCGCCUGGACGAGUCUUCCAGGUGGCUUUGUCCGGUAAAUUUGAACAUAGCGCUGACACCAGCAAGCCGUAUGGUUCUCGAUAGGCGUACUCUAGAGUGAACAGAUGUAUAUAUCCUCUCGCUGGGCAUGCAUGUAUAUAGGAAGUGACCAAACAUAAAUCAUUGACAUACCGAAUAUGAGUUGUUGAAGUCAUAUCCCAGUGCAGAGAGACAUGAUACUGUUAAGCCUGG